AUGGCUAAGACAUCAAGAACUUCAUCGUUGAAGAAGAGACUCUCCAACACGUCUCUCACAAAUCUUUUCAAGAAAAAUAAGAAGAGAAAGCAUGAUGACGAGGAGGAGGCAUUGACCGUUAUUGAUGCAUCUAAUUCACCCGAAUUACCGCUUAUCGCGAAUAAGAAACGUCGUCUUUCUGUGAAGGAAGAAGAGCACGAAAAUGAGGAAGAGCAGGAGGAAGAACAUAAGAGGAAAGAAAAGGAGAAACAGGAAUUCGAAAAGCGUGAGCGUGAAAUAGAUGCCCAAUUACCGGAGGAACUUAGGAAAUAUAGACCUAAAGGGUUCCCAUUCAAUCUUCCUCCAAAGGACAGACCCAUCAGAAUUUACGCAGACGGUGUCUUUGAUCUAUUCCACUUGGGUCACAUGAAACAAUUGGAGCAAUGUAAGAAGGCGUUACCGAAUGUGACUUUGAUUUGCGGGAUUCCAAGCGAUGAAGUGACACAUAAAUUGAAAGGGUUGACCGUAUUGACCGAUAAACAACGUUGCGAAACUUUAAGACAUUGUAGAUGGGUGGAUGAAGUCAUUGCAGAUGCUCCAUGGUGUGUCACGCCCGAAUUUUUGGAUUUGCAUCAUAUUGAUUAUGUCGCACACGAUGACAUUCCAUACACUAGUGCAGAUAGUGACGAUAUUUAUAAGCCUGUUAAAGAGAUGGGGAAAUUUUUGGUCACCCAAAGAACUAACGGGAUAUCUACCAGUGAUAUUAUCACCAAGAUUAUUAGAGAUUAUGAUAAAUAUUUGAUGAGAAAUUUCGCUAGGGGGGCCACAAGACAAGAAUUGAACGUUUCAUGGUUAAAGAAGAAUGAAUUAGAAUUUAAAAAACAUAUCAAGGACUUUAGAUCUUAUUUCAAGAAGAAUCAAGAAACAUUGAACUCAUCAUCUAGAGAUUUGUAUUUUGAAGUGAGAGAAAUACUAUUGAAGAGGACUUUGGGGAAUAAAUUAUAUAUGAAGCUAGUCGGCAACAGAGAUAAUCUGGAUGACAUUGUUAAUGAGUCCGUGAAGAAACUGGCCUCCAAAUCAAAGAGAAGAUUAUUAAGAGAGAAGUCACCACCAAGCGAAUUUGCCAGCGAAUUCACCGGUGAAAAUAUACAGGAUGAGGACCAUGAAGAUCAGGAGGAUGAUGACGACGACAAUUACUACGAAUCCAACGAUGGUAACGAGAACGAGAACGAUUCGGACCAGUCAGACCCAGAGCCCAGUGGUAAGAGCAACCCGAUCUGA